AUGAGAAGACAUUCUCCAGAAGAGAUUGAUAUUGAUUGGCUUUGUGAAGCCAUCACAAAAUCAAAUAAUGGAGUUAAGUUAACUGAUAUUUGCGCGAAAGCUAAAAUAAAUCAUGAAGGCAGAGUUAUAUAUUCAAAAAUUUCUGAAAACACAUUUCGAAAAGCAGUAAAAUUACGUGCGCCAAUUCCUUAUCAUCCUCCAAAAGGAAGAAAACCAGAAGAAAUCGAUUUGGAUGCUGCUCAAGCAUUUUGUAAUUUCAAAGAUCAAAUGCCGAAUACUGGAAUCAACAAAAUAAUACAGAAAAUUCAAACAGACCUUACAAAAAUUGAGAGUCACCCUCAAGAAUUUCAGCAAAUCAAAGAAAACUUCCAAAAUGCAAACCUUUUUACUUCUGGUAACUGGCUUAAAGAAACUGAUAGAAUUUCUUUAGUUACUGAAGUCCCGAAAUCAUAUGGUCCAGUUUUAAAAACAAAUUCUGUCGAAGAAUCUUUAAUUUCAGCUAAUUACAUCGAAAAACCAUUUCCACCUCCGUCUUACAGAAUGGGAAGGAAAAUUUAUGAGGCCCUCAUCAAGGAACCUCCUGAAAAUCAAGAAAUUACAGAACAAAAAUACAAACCUCGAAAUUACGUUGCAACAAAGUGCCAUGAAAUAUGGCACGCCGAUAUUCAUUACUGGCGUGGAACGAUAGGCCAAUAUUUAUAUGCCAUAAUCGACGAUCGUUCUCGAAAAAUUAUUGAUUAUCAGCUCAUGAAAGAAAAAACGGCUCAUAAUACAGCUAUAAUACUUGAAAGAGCUUUACAAACGAUUCCCGGUUAUCCUUACGCGAUUUGGACGGAUAACGGGAAAGAGAAUUUCGGAGAAUUCACGAAACUUUGCAAAAAACACUCAAUUACACAAAUUUUCAAUAAGCCUGGAAAUCCACAGGCUAAUGGAAAGAUAGAAAAGUGGUGGCCCAAUGCAGAAAAAAAUUGCAGAUGUAAUGAAGAUAUUCCAAAAGUAAUACAUUUUUACAAUAAUAUGCCUCACGCGAGCCUGCCGAUUAAUCCAAUCACAGGCGUACACUUUACUCCAACAGAUUUUGAAGAUCACGAAAAAGAUUUACAUUGGUUGAUGGCCAGGUCAUCAGCCUCAAAGAAAGCAUAG